AUGGACGUGGAACUUGGAAGUGACGAUAUAUGCACAGAAGAUGGAUACUACGUAGUUUUUCACGACAUUAGCUAUGAAAUAAAACCUUCUUUGGCAAAAAAGAUAUGGUUUUCAAAGAGAAAAAGCAGUGGUAGUGCACAAGUCAUCCUGAACAAUGUUUGUGGUGCAAUUAGACCGGGCAGACUGACGUUCAUCCUUGGCCCUUCUGGAGCUGGAAAAACAACGUUAUUGAAAAUAUUAGCAGGAAGGAAAAAAACAGGCGUAUCCGGUUCCCUGCAAGGUUCUGGGCGAAAUGUAGUUCUUGUGGCACAACAUGCAACUCUGAUUGAUACGUUGACCGUUAGAGAAACACUACAAUUUGCUGCCUCGUUGAAACUUCCUUCUGUCACACACAAUGAGAGGCAACAUUCGAUUGAUGCUGUAUCUAAACAGUUGGGAAUUUCUGAUGUAUUACACACACGAUCGGGCAAGUUAUCGGGCGGAGAACGCAAGAGGUUGACGAUCGCAUGUGAACUCCUAACAAACCCGUCUAUAUUGCUUUUGGAUGAACCAACCAGUGGUCUCGAUUCCGUGUCUUCACUGUCAGUAGCUAAAGCCCUAAAGUCAGUUGCACAGAGCGGGCGCAUUGUCGCCUGUGUGAUACACCAGCCAUCAUCUCAACUGUUUGCUUCUGCUGAUGACGUUAUUCUUCUUGCUAAUGGAAGGACAUUGUAUUCAGGCGCAAUAGAAGAUAUUCCGGAGCUGUUGAGAAAAUCUGGAUUUGAUUGCCCACAAUACUACAAUAUGGCUGAUUUCCUUUUAGAAAUCACGAGUGGAGAACACUCUGGUAAUUUAUCAAUUUUAGAAGAAGAAGCUAAGACGUAUGCGAACGAAAUGAAAAAAAUAGCAGACAAAGAAAUCAAACAACAAAAUGGAAAAGAAAAUUCAACUGAGACUGAAGCACUUCUAGAUACGAAUUUCGAUGUCAUGGAUGGAUAUAAAGCUAAUUUUGGUCAACAAAUGAAUGCACUGCUUCGUCGAGGAUAUAUUGGAGCUCUUCGAGACGUUCAUUUAACGCAGAUACGACUUGUGACUCAUUUAAUAGUGGCAUUGUUACUAGGCGCUUUAUACAAUGGCGCGGGAGCUGAGGCUAGUAGAAUGAUAUCAAAUACGGGCUGCUUGUUUUUCUUCUUAUUAUUCCUUUAUUUUUCAAACGCGAUGCCAACGAUUCAUACGUUCCCAGUGGAGUCAACUGUUGUACUUCAAGAACAUCUUAACAAAUGGUACUACUUAUCAACGUAUUGCGCGUCAAAGAUAAUAAUAGAUUUACCGAUACAGUUAUUAUGUGCAACAGUCUUCAUUAUACCCGCGUGGUACCUGACGUCCCAGCCCCUGGAAGCCCAUAGAUUCGGCCUCGCAUGGCUUAUUUGUGCCUUAAUAACAAUCUUAGCCCAAACGUUUGGCUUGGUUGUAGGAGCUGCUUGCGGCGUCAAGCUCGGACUGUUCGUGAUACCAGCCGCAAAUAUUCCGAUGUUAAUGUUCUCGGAGUUCUUUAUCCCAUAUCAUGAAAUGCCCUCAUACUUACAGCCCCUAGCCUUAAUAUCUUACUUCCGAUACGCUUUCGACGCUUUCCUUCAAACUGCAUACGGAUUCAACCGACAACCGAUA